GAAAUCAUCGGGCAUCUAUAUAUUAAUGGUCAAGAGCUGAAAAAUUCAUCAGUUUACAGCCAGUGUAGGUGAGUGAACGACCAACAUUCAACAUGGAGGCCCCGACGUUUAUAGUAACGACUGUAAACAAGAUAUUUUCUAAUUCGCGCACAUGUGUAUUACCCUCCUUUGAUUCUAAACAAAAUUUAGCUGGUCCAAGUUCCUUGCAGUCCAGGUCUCGUAUGAAUAUACUACGUCCUUCCGACUCUCAUCAGUUUUGUAUCCCUAGCCUGACGGUGAGCACUACCAGCGUGUGCGAUAUCCCGAAGGCGAAUAGUUUUAACGACAUCGAAAGGUCCAACAGCGGGUCUCAACUCCGUGUCCCGAAUCGUUACCUGAGGAGCAGGCCGUCGGUGACCUCGGAGAAUGUCAUAACUGGGUUGGUACCCCGUGACAACGGCAAUGGAUGGAUCCGUCGAGAAACGAAGCCAUUGGGAAUGCGUCCAUCGAAAUCUUUCUCCGCAAGCUCCCAAAACAGGCCAAAAGUCAGGAAACUGACCGUGAAGGAGAUCGAGCGACUAGCACUGUACGAACGGGUUGGUGACACUUACGGACACAUCGUCGGAAAGAACGUUGGUGUGUUCCUCACACCCUAUGGGUUCCCGGUGCUACAAAACAGACCAAGCGACUUUAUUUGCGAGUCCAUCUUUCAUUCUGCAAGAAAUAACAGCAGGUUGUUAAGCAAGAUUCCAGAUGGCCAACUCGGUAGCCACAAACUGUCGUCAACACCAGAGAACGAAGGUCACGGGGAUACACCAGCCAUCGAGGUGGACAUUACAUAUGACGAAAUGCAAAUGAUUUCGCUGGCUGCUUUGAGGGUGAUAGGAGUCGGAGAGAAUAAGAGGGUCACCAUCAGAGCAGACAUUGCCUCCCAUGUAAGGAGAAAGAGGGUUAUCGAACUUGUGUCGAAGAAUGGUCACUACCAAUGCAACAAAAAUGUGGCGUUCUUUCGAGCGCAGGAAUCACAUUUAAACCUUAGCCAGAUCAAGCUAACAGCUUACACUCGGAACAGACGAUUCGGUCGGCGAUCUCUUCUGGGAUCGACAACGAUCUCCCUGCGCGACUUGACCAGUGGUAGGAACACCUACACGCGUCCUCUACAUCCAACUCCACCUCGUAUGGAUCGUGGCAGACUGCGAUUUGUGUUAUGUUACCACAAACAACGACGUCGCCUUUUAGUCACAGUAGUUCGGGCAACAAACUUACCAAGCAAGGUGUUACCCCCAGAUACUUACGUGUCUGUUGAACUACAUGGUAGUGACGGCAAUGUACUAGCAAAAGCGCGCACCAAGCCAAAAUACUUCUCCAACAACCCAGUUUACAAAGAAGUAUUCAGCUUCGAGCUUCCCUCGUGUCCUGUGGAAGACUGGGACAUCAGGGAUAUAAAACACCCUUUGGAUGUUGUCACAUUGACCGUCACCGUCCAUCGGAAGAAUCCGUUCGUUGCAGAUGACGUAAUUGGUUGCGUCACAUUGAGAUCGGAAAUGCGGACCAAUGGUUAUUCACAUUUGUGGAAGUGCCAGGCGUCUCCGUACCAACCGAUCACCGAAUGGCAUGAUUUGAAAUCACCUAAUUAUUCUUGAAUUUUUACUGAAAAAGGAACUGAAGUCGAUGUAGAUUUAACCUCCAGUACAUCUUGUCACAUAGGCCUGUUGUAGUUUAUGUUGUUAUCUCGGUUUUUAUGGCGUGUACCAUUCAGAUAUUAAUAUUUAUGCCGAUGUGCACCGAGAUAAUCUAGAUGCAUAGACCCUUUUAUUGAAAAUAAUCAGAAAUAUAUUUUUAUAUUUGUAGAAAAAUGAAAAUGUACAAUCGAUCUUUGUUGUAUGUUAAUGAAUGCUUGGAAGUAUAAUGUGAAUAUUUAUUUUUGUGAAAAUAUUAUGAUAUGAAUGUUGUAUAUAGUAGUAACACUUGUUCAUACAUGUAAGUGUAUCAUAAUUAUGCUAUAAACCGUUGCAUCUUGUGUACUGGUCCGUGUAAAUGAGAAUUCUGGGUAAUAAACUGUUGUUGUUCGAAUGUUCGAAUGGGCUGUGGUAUUAAAAUUAGCCCCAAAUGUAUGCAGUC